AUGAGCCUUGAAUGGGACAGCGUCCCCCAAGGCGGCGCCAUUGCCUACCGUGAUGUCAUUCUAAAUGAUAUGGACGAUGAAUCAGAAGCUUCUCAACGCCGCCCACUGUCCAAGAGUGGGGCUGUAACCGUUUGGGACAACGACGAGGAUGGGGACGACGACUCGAAGCAUGGCAACAAUCCUCAACUGGCUGGUCGAGUUACAUUCUUGGCCAACAGGCAAAUUCUUGCCUCUGGGUCACUUCGAGACGACGUGUCCGACAGCGCCGACGGAAAACGUGACGAAAAGAAGGGAGGAGUUUUUUUGGACAAGCAUCAUGCCGAGUUUCUUCGCCGACAAGAGGUGGCCAGUUUGAACAAACGUCUCCAAGCUUCUCAAGGCAAGUAUGAAUCGUUGGCGUUCGACAACUGGGUCCUACGCAGUCGAAAAGAGGGACUUGAGAAAGCCCUUUCCGAAGAGCGACAACUCAGCUGCGAGCUGCAAUUCCGUGUCGAUUUACUCGAUCAAAGCAACAACGACUCCAACUCGGGUCCAGUCAAUGCGGCAAACCGCCACUGCGGCGAGAGUUGUCUCGCGCAAAACUCCGGCGAACCUUCUCACGAAGGAGGAAGCAACCCAAAUGUGGCAGCUGCCCUUUCUGGUUUGGCCGACCAGCUGUCGGAUAUCCAGGACGAAAUUGCGGCUUCUAAAGGAAAGAAGCGCAAGAGGUCCAGCUCGAAGGCCCGACGAUCCAAGCGUGCAGUCGUAGAGGAGGAGCACGUUCAUACUAAUCAGAGUUCCUCGUCGUGCAUCAUCCUUUGA